UGCACUGGGCACGAUAUAGAAUGGGCCUUGAGUUACACGUUGGGCACCUAAAAGCCUAAAAUAUGUCCAAAGCAAUCAACCCUAAAAAGUGGAAUAAAUAUCCAUCGUGUCACCCCCUCGAUUUUCAGCUUCUACACCAUAAACCCUAAUUAUCAAAGGGGUUUUCAGCCGGCACAGCUGCUUCUAAAUCCAAAGCUACGCAGUUUUUCUCGGUUAGGAUGGGCAAGUCUUCUAAGAAAUCGAUCCUGAAGGUUGAUGCCGCUCCUGCCAUAGUUGCUCCAACAAAGCUGAUGAAGAAAGGUAAGAGAGAGGCUGAAGCUUUCGAGAAGCCAAGCGCUAAAAAGCAGAAAAAAGCUUCGGGAUUAGAACAAGCUGUCGAGAAGAAGAAGGCUGAGGCUAAGAUUCUGAAGAAGGCGGAUAGUAGUUCCGAUGAAGAGUCUUCUGACUCGGAUGAAGAACUAAAGAAACCUGCUCCUAAAACUAAACCUGCACCCAAAAAGUCGCUGCAUGCGAAAAAAGGUAAACCUGAAAGCUCUUCAGAUGAAGAUAGCGAUUCUGAUAGUAGUUCAGAUGAGGAUGUCCCUGUCACAAAAAAAGUUACAUCCGUUACAACCAAAAAUGGGUUAGUUAAAGUUCAAAAAAGUGAAUCAAGCUCCGAAGAUGAUAGCUCUGAUGACAGUGAUGAUGAGGCUCCCGUUACCAAAAAGGUUACUCAAACCCCUGCCAAAAAUGGGGCAACGAAAGGUAGAAAAAGCGAGUCAAGCUCUGAAGACGACAGUUCUUCUUCUUCUGAUGAUGAAACUCCCAUGAAGGCUGCACCAAAAUCUGCUCCAAUCAAAAGUGCCAAUAAAGGUGCACCAAAAAAGAGUGAAACAGAGUCGAGCUCUGAUGAUAGUAGUUCUGAUGAUGAGACUCCUUCUAAGAAGGCUCCUGCCAAACCUGCCACAAAAGGGGCAGGAAAAAAGGUUGAAAGUGAAUCAAGCUCUGAUGACAGUAGUUCAGAUGACGAGGAUGACACCCCUGCUAAGAAAGCUCCUCAGAAGGCUACUUCCAAACCUGCCACAAAAGGGGUAGAAAAAAAGGCAAUAAGUGAAUCCAGCUCUGAAGAUAGUAGUUCUGAUGAUGAGGAAGACACCUCUGCUAAGAAUGCUCUUUCCAAACCUGCCAAGGAAGAGGCAGCAAAAAAGCCACAAGGUGAAUCAAGCUCGGAAGACACUAGUUCAGAUGAUGAUGAUGAGAAUGUCACCCCUGCUAAGAAGGCUCCCCUAAAAGCAUCUGCACCUACAAAAAAAGUUAAUGACAGUUCAGAUGAGAGUAGUAGCUCUGAUGAAGAUGAUGUUCCAUCCAAAAAGGCUUCCCUACUAGCUGGAAAUAAAAAGGUAACUGACGAUAGUGAAGAUUCCAGCUCUGAAGAAAGUGAAGAUGAUGAGCCACAGAAGAAGAAGAUCAAGCCUGCUGAAAAAAAGAAGAGUAGCUCUGAUGAUUCAUCCUCAGAGGAGUCCAGUGAGGAAGAAGAUGAGCCUUCAAAGAGUAUAAAGAAGCCUAAAGAUGUGAAAAUGGUUGAUGCGGAUGGUGAAAAAGGCGGACCUCAAACUGCAACAAAAACUCCCAAGACCCCUGCCACACCUAAGGCCGCAGUUCAAGGAUCAUCAACUCUCUUUAUUGGGAAUUUGUCAUGGUCAAUUCAAGAGGCUGACAUUGAGAAUUUCUUUAAGGAUGUUGCAGAGGUGAAGCAAGUUCGUUUUGCUGCCCAUCCAGAUGGGACUCUUAAGGGUUUUGGACAUGUUGAGUUUACCUCUUCUGAGGCUGCCUCUAAGGCUCUUGAACUUAAUGGACAACCAUUGUUGGGACGUGAUGUAAGACUUGACCUUGCAAAAGAGAGAGGAGCUUAUACCCCCAAUAGUGAAUAUGGCAGUGGGAAGCGUGAUAGUUCUUACCAGAAGCAGGAUAGAGAUGAAGGUUCAACUAUUUUUGUGAGGGGGUUUGACACAAAUGAUGAUGAAGACAAGAUUAGGAGUACUCUGGAAGGUCAUUUUGGCUCUUGUGGAGACAUUAAAAGCACAAGACUUCCAACAGACCCAGAUGGUUAUGUUAAAGGGAUUGCGUAUAUCACGUUUGGAGACAGUGAUGCUCUCACCAAGGCUCUCGAACUCAACAACUCCCAAAUUGGAAAUAACACCUUGUACGUGGAUGAAGCAAAGCCAAGAGGUGAUAGUGGGGGUGGAAGGGGUCGUGGAGGACGUGAUAGUGGUAGAGGCAGAGGGGGUGGUGGUCGUGAUCGUGGUCGUGGCAGGUUUAGUAGUGGUGGAAGGGGUGGUCGUGAUGGGGGUUUUGGUGGGAGGGGAGGCGGUCGUGGUCGUAGCAGUUCAAGCUUUACUCCUACCGGCAAGAAGACAACAUUUGGGGAUGAUUAAGGGACAAAGUACCGGUCUGUAUGAAGCGUUGAGCAAUGCAAUUGCUUGCUCACUUUAGAGUUACUAUGAGGACACUAGUUACCGUAAUUGUGAUAUUGUGAUGUUUUUUGUAUUAUUUUUUGUCAUGUACGUUUUUAUUAUCUAAAACCAUGAGUUGGUGUGCUUUCCUUCAAAGAGGUAAAAUUGUUAAUUUUGUAAUCACUACUUGUGGAUAUGCGUCGAUGUCUGUCUACUAAUCAACCAUAGAAUAGGUGACGGCAUCCAUCGAAAUCCUAAAGUAGCCUCUUCACGGAUCACUUGACCAUAACUGGGGUGAACUGUGAAGUAGGGAUAGAUCUGGGAUCCGAGACUGGUCGGGUUCUGGAUCGGUCGUUUCUGGUUCUAACAUUUGGAGGCCCAGAUCUGAUCUGGAUAUUAUGGGUUCAGGCCUGGUCCUGUGUACCCGUGUAGUUCGUGUCUGUUCCUGGUCUGGUUUGUGCAUUUUUUAAUUUCAAUUUAUUACUCUACCCCGGAAAUGUUCAUCAAAUUGAUUUUUCUUGGUCA